UGGUGCUGACGGCUUUAGUUGGUCAAGUUGGUUCUACACGUGCGAGCGAGGAAGGCUGAAACAAGAGCGUGGUUUUAACCUCCGUUUGCGUAUGCUAUUAUUUAAUUAAUUCGUUCAAGGAGAAUUAUUUCUUAAUAAACAAAAUGGCAAAGUCACACUCCACAAGCAAAGCUCCUCGGAAGCAGGGUUUUAAUCGUUCAGGACAUAGUAUGAAUCCUGAACGACCUACGGAAGGUCUUAAGGGAGUAGCUAAAGUACGUACAAAGGCUACCAUCAAGAGAUUACAAAUGUACCGCAACCAAAAACCAAAACGGAAUAAGGUUGGAGAGAUAAUUAGUCCUGCUCCGUUUCAAGGAUGGCAUACAUCUGGAACGAUAUCCCGUGUAGAACCAAAUCAGAAAUGGUUUGGAAAUACAAAGGUCAUUUCACAAAAUGCGUUACAGAAAUUUCAAACAGAACUGGGUGCUGCUAUGAAAAAUCCUUACCAAGUUGUAAUAAAGCCAACACAACUACCCGUAACAUUAUUACAACAAAAAGCAGCAAAUGCUCGAGUACAUUUAUUAGAUACAGAAAGUUUUGAAAGUGUGUUUGGUCCAAAGAAGCUACGCAAGAAACCAAAUUUGAGUAUAUCAUCUUACGAUGAGUUACAGAAACAUGCAGAAGAGAAGGAAGAAAAUUAUGACAAAGAAAAGGAUACAAAAGACAUUGAUCUAAUCCGCCCUGAUACUGGAAUGAAGGAUGCUCAAAGAGACUGGGUAAUGGCUGCUGGUCAGAGCAAACGAAUUUGGAAUGAACUGUACAAAGUUAUAGACUCAUCAGACGUUGUUCUUCAAAUUCUUGACGCCAGAGAUCCUAUGGGUACUCGUUCACCUCCAGUAGAAAAAUAUUUAAAGACAGAGAAGGCCCACAAGCAUCUAAUUUUCGUAUUGAAUAAAGUGGAUCUGGUACCAACUUGGGUAACACAACGCUGGGUCGCAAUUUUAAGUGCUGAAUAUCCUACAGUCGCUUUCCAUGCAUCUUUGACUCAUCCUUUUGGAAAGGGUUCUCUAAUAAAUCUUCUUCGUCAGUUUGCUAAAUUACAUAUGGACAGGAAACAAAUUAGUGUAGGAUUUAUUGGUUAUCCAAACACAGGAAAAAGUUCAAUAAUCAACACUUUGAGGUCCAAAAAGGUGUGUAAAGUUGCGCCUAUCGCUGGGGAAACUAAAGUUUGGCAAUACAUUACCCUUAUGCGUCGUAUUUACUUGAUAGACUGUCCAGGAGUUGUCUAUCCGUCAUCUGAAACAGAUACUGAGAAAGUUCUCAAAGGAGUAGUGAGAGUAGAGCUUGUUCAAAGUCCUGAGGAUUAUAUUCCAGCUGUUCUUGAACGCGUGAAACCGGAAUACAUGCGUAAAACUUAUAAAAUCGACGCAUGGUCGGAUCAUAUCGAUUUUUUGGAAAAGCUUGCACGAAGAACUGGAAAGUUACUUAAAAAAGGUGAACCUGACGUAGGAGCAGUUUCUCGUAUGGUGCUUAACGACUGGCAGCGUGGAAAAUUACCAUUUUUCGUAGCCCCCGUUGGAUUUGAAGAGCCUCUGUCAAAACAGUCUGAAAACGUGACAGUCGAUACACAAGAAAAUGUAGAAAACGUUAAAGAAUUCAACGAUCAGAAAACUGAUGACACUCAUUCCGAAAGUAAACAACCACAUGCUCCCAUAACAGUCGUGCAGGAUUUCAAAAAGAUCAAAGUAGUCCUAUCUUAUUCACCUGAUGACAUGAAGAACGACUUAGUCACUGAUAACAGUGUUAGUGAAAAUGCUGAUGAUAAAAGUACCAGUAUUUCUGAGUCCAUUAUUCAGUCUGAUAUAUCAUCAGAUACUGACUGCGAAGAAGAGGAACAAUUAAAUGAUACAGUUGACGAAGGUGAAAUUCAGACAAAUUUGAAUAAUACGAGUAAGGAACUCGAAGCAAAGGAUGCUCAAGAUUCUAUAACAGAGAGUAUGGCUACUGAUGAUAAUGACCAGACCUUUAAAGCAGUUGAAAAAGAUAAUUUAAUGCAGAGUGCGUUGGAUUUUCAUGAUGAGCACCAUGAGUCUAGUGACAGUGAAACAGAGAAUCAUAAAACGAUAUCUACCAGUGGCACAUUUAGCGUAUCUGCCAUAAAAAAUACAAAGCAUAAACAACUUAAUGGGAAAGAAAAAAAAUUGACCAGUAAACAGCGCCGCGCUAUUGAAAGAGCUAGUAAACGCAAGAAAAUCGGUAGCGAUUUUUAUGAAGUUACAAAUGUGAAAAAUAGGAAUCGCAAUAGAAAGGUUCCAAAAGUAAAAAGAAAAUAAGAUCGGCCUUACAUUCUGUUUUGAUCAUGAUAUAUGUAAGUAUUAUGAUGAUGAAAAAUAAAGGCAUAAGACAUA